GUCCUCUUUCAUUCUUUCGCAUCAUUUAUUCCAGAGAUUCAUUCAACACUACUAAAUCUCAAAGCAUACAAUACAUCAUGUCUACUACAGGAUCAACACCACCUGACGCACCUGUCGUUUCAAAGAUUACUGAUGAAAUCAAGAAGGAGGUUAAGGAAGAAGUUAAAGAGCUGGAGCGAGGUGAAAUCGAUACUGUCGAGACUCCUGCUCGUUACCUCGCUUACCUUGGACGUUAUAGAAACCUCUUCAUCGCCUCCUCUCGCUACCUUGCUUAUUCUUCUGAUGUUGGCGAAGCAUUCCGCCCUGUUACUUCGCCAUUCUUUGUGAAUGCCAUGUAUGGAGUUUCCUUCGCAUAUGUUGGAUUCGAUGUUGCGUAUGAAGGAUAUAAGGCCAAAAUUGCUGGGGCACCGACGGAUGUUGUUGGAAUGACGGUUUUGAAGCGUGGUAUUUUCCAGGGACUUGCAAGUUUACUCAUGCCCGCAAUCACUAUUCACACUGUUGUCCAUCAAUCUGCAAGACUCUUCAAGAACAGCGCUAACAUUACGCUUAAGAAAUGGGGACCCACGGCUAUUGGUCUUUGUGUCGUUCCUGCAUUGCCCAUCAUGUUUGACCACCCUAUUGAGACCGCUGUCGACAAAGUCUUUGAGAAGCUGGAGGGUGGUGGCGGAAAGACAUUACCUAUGAAUCCAAUCGAGAAGGAGAAGGUUUUGGAAGCUGUUGUCAAUAAGGAGAACAAGGAAAAGGUUGAGUAAAGGAAAAACUCUUUCCCUUGGUUUUAACACAGCUAUGAUCCAUGAUAAUAUCAUAAUAUCGACAUACAUUUAUUGCAUUUAUCCAUCCAUUGAUUAAAGGAUUUCAUAGAACAAACGCAACAAGCAAAACAGAAGCCUUAUCAA